UUUAUUUACUUAUUUAUUUAUUUUAAACAGCAUCUGUUACCAUGAUUCAAACUCUUGGAAAAAAAGCCGGGUUCACGCUGUACGAUUUUGGUCGUCUGAGACAAAUUUUGAGAAUCCUAAAAGAUUCCUAUAAUCCUAGGCCAAACUCUAGUCUUUGAUCGCUAGGUCGAUAUGUUCCCCGAUCUAAUAUUUCCUCCGAUUAAAUCCUGGCAGUGUCAGAAGAUUUGAGGCAGAAUACUGUAGUGUGGCUUCUCCUACUCCGUACGAGUCGUCGUCUUGCGUGCGUGCGUUUUUUGCGUCUUGACCGUCGUACAGUCCGACAUUAAUGACAACUGAGGUCCUUCCGUGUGACGUGGCUUACGGCGAGGAUCGUGUUCGUACAGUCUUACAAGCGACAGUCACAAAGGACUAUUAAAAAUCGUACAGUUAUUCAUACAGUUUAUGAUACCACAGGUGUUGAUGAAUUUUCUAUAACAGCAGGGCUUUAUGAUGUUAAUGUGCGUGACGUAAUUCAGAUUGAAAUGUUUUACUGGUCUCGCACACAACCGUACGCAGUACGACGUGCGGUGAAAUGCUUUUUCCGAAUGUCUGUGUCAUCAAAUAGAAUUGACGUAAACCAGAACUUACUUCUAUACAGGUUGAAAAGGAAAAAAAAUUAUAAUAUAAGGGAUAUAAAAGAUUGGUGGUAGAUUGGUGAUGUAUGUAUGUAAAUAUUUAUAAAUAAGGGGUAAUACGGGUACAUUAACAGCAAUGUAGGUGUCGUGGGUGUUGCACAAACAAGUCCAAGCUCUAGCCUUUAGUGGUGACCUGGUUGAGGGUCUGAACGGCCUGUAGGAAGAAGCUCCUCUUCAUUCUCUGUGUUGGCCUUCAAGAAGCGGAAGCGCUUCCCUGGAGCCAAACGGAAAGACGAGUCCGUUGUACUGAUGGCUGAUGUCCUUCACUAUCAUGAUCCAGCACCGCUUGCUGUAGAUAAUUAUGUCAAAAUGCUCAGCUGUUUGUUUUACUACAGAUCAGCAUUUAACACUAUAAUUCCCUCCAAACUCACCACCAAGUUGGAGGACCUGGGACUUAGCCCGUCCCUGUGCCAGUGGAUCUCCUAACUACCUUAGACAGACAGACCUCAAGCAGUACUGGACCCCCUGCUGUAUUCAUUGUACACUUGUGUGCAAGUUAGCUGACGACACUGUUGUGGUGGGCAAAGGUGAUCUCUGAUAACGAUGAGAAGGCCUACCUGGAGGAGAAAAAUCCUGGAGAACUGGUGCCAAGAGAACAAUGUCCUCCAGUUUAUAGUGGACUUCAGCAUGAAGAGAGGGGACCAUUUUGGCCACGCAGGACCUGUUAUGGCCUGGUCACAUUAACACUUCCUAAUGGGAAGCAUAACAGCCCGGUUUGGGAACAGGACCGAGCAGGAUAGGCAGCUCUCCAGAGGGUGGUACGAUAAGCUGAGCGUGCCAUGUGCACUGAGCUCCCUUUUUCCCAGAGGCCUUUCUGGCUCUCAACCAGGACACCAGCAAAGACUAUAGCUUGGACCUGCUACACAACAACCACACUACCUACAUUCCUUAAAUACAUCAUCUACUCGUUCGUCGUCAGUAACCACUUUAUCUUGUAUUUCUAGAUAUUUAACAUGUUUCUGGAUCACAGAUACUAACCUGUUUCGUGGACGUUCCGCAACAUGAAACAUAACUACAAAUGGAUAAAAAGUACACAUCGUUCUUUAAUGGGGAAAAAAAAAGAAAGAAGAUAAUCGUUGGCACAUUUGUGUGGUGUAAGAGGAAUAAAGCACUUGUGCGCAGUUAUUGAUAAACAAACCUCUUUGGGGUGGUAAGAGUAACUCCACUAGAUCAUUUUCCUCUAACAGGACGCCUCCAAAGUAUUUUAUUCUUUACUUCUAAGUCUUAAAAUUCAUUACUGGUAAGUCAUGAUGACUGUAACUCAAAGUGAAUCAUUGUGUUGUGCUUUGAAUCUUUGCGGGCUUCUACCAUUUGUGGUAACAGUUUGGGGAAAAACUACAUAUGGUGUGAUGGUCAGGUGUCCAUAUACUUUUGGCCAUAUACUGGCCUAAUUUGAUUACAGCUAUAAAAUGAAUGUUCUGUGAUCAUCGUUUCUUUAGUACGUGAAAGGAGUCCAGUUCUGCAUCACUCAUGCUCAUCGGUUUGUCAUCGUUUAUUCAUUUCUCCCGUAUCCGUUUCUCCCGCAGGAUCAGUAUUUCCUGCUUGUUUCCAGCAUCAUGGCACUUCAGCUUUUCUCCUGCCGUCUUUCCCCGCUUCAUGCUCCCUUCCUUCAGGCAGCUGCUCCUGCUCGGUGCAGUGGUGGUGCUUGCGGGUCUCCUCUACCUGUUGCUGGCCACAGGCAAAGGUCACAACAUCUGGCUCCAAGACAAGCACUAUCACAGACGUUUGUCACGGGUGACGGACAUGGAGGCCACCGACACGAGUAACCCCAAUCUGAACUACGGCGUGGUGGUGGACUGCGGGAGCAGCGGCUCACGCGUAUUUGUGUACACUUGGCCUCGGCACAACGGAAAUCCUCACGACCUGCUGGACAUCCGGCAAAUGAGAGACCAGAACCGCAAACCGGUGGUCAUGAAAAUCAAACCAGGUAUUUCUGAAUAUGCAACAACACCAGGAAAAGCCAGCGAUUACAUGUACCCUCUGCUAAGCUUUGCUGCUGAACACAUCCCCAAGGCCAAGCACCAGGAAACUCCUUUAUACAUACUGUGCACUGCAGGCAUGAGGGUUCUGCCCGAGAGUCAGCAGGUGGCGCUACUGGAGGACUUGCGAACGGAUAUUCCUGUGAAUUUCAACUUCCUCUUUUCUGACUCGCACGUGGAAGUCAUUUCAGGAAAGCAGGAAGGUGUGUAUGCGUGGAUUGGGAUUAACUUUGUGCUGGGAAGGUUCAAUCAUGUGGACGAUGGUGACGAAGUCGUGGAGGUGCAGGUUCCCGGUGGAGACCAGCAGGAGACGUUGGUGCGCAGACGCACGGCCGGAGUAUUGGACAUGGGCGGCGUCUCCACUCAGAUAGCAUACGAAGUGCCCAAAACUGUAAGCUUUGCUUCCCAAAAACAGGAAGAGGUGGCUAAGAAUUUGCUGGCGGAGUUUAACCUCGGCUGUGACGCUCAUCGCACUGAACAUGUGUACCGUGUUUACGUUUCGACGUUCCUGGGGUUCGGUGGGAACGCAGCACGCCAGAGAUACGAGGAAAACCUCAUCGGCAGCACUCGCCUUCAAAACAAGCUGCUGGAUCAACAUCGUGGUGAGACUCCUGACACCCCUGUGCUCGACCCGUGCCUGCCCUUGGACCUCCAGGACGAGGUGGGUCCCGCCGGUCAGAAGCUGCACCUGCGUGGGAGUGGAGAUUUCGAGCAGUGCCGCCUGCAGCUUCAGCCCUUCCUCAACCGCACCAACGAGACCAGCACCUCUCUGAACGGUGUCUACCAGGCCCCCAUCGACUUCACAAACAGCCAGUUCUACGGCUUCUCCGAGUUUUACUAUUGCACAGAGGAUGUGCUGCGCAUGGGCGGAGACUACAACUCCACCAAAUACGCCAAUGCUGCAAAGGACUACUGCGCCACCCAGUGGAAAAUGUUGAGAGAACGCUUUGACCGUGGCCUUUAUGCCUCUCAUGCAGACUUGCACAGGCUGAAGUACCAGUGUUUUAAGUCAGCAUGGGUGUAUGAGGUGUUCCACUCAGGUUUCUCCUUCCCUCGGGGCUACGAGAACCUGAAAACGGCUCUGCUUGUCUAUGAUAAAGAGGUGCAGUGGACUCUGGGAGCCAUUUUGUACCGCACACGCUUCCUACCUCUAAGGGACAUCCAGCAGGAGAGUCUGAAGGGCUCGCACUCGCACUGGCACCGUGGCUUCACCUUCAUGAACAAUCAUUAUCUCUUCCUGGCCUGCUUCCUGGUGGUGCUCCUUUCCAUCAUGCUCUACGUGCUCCGAUUGAGGCGCAUCCACCGCAGAGCCGCACUCAACCGCGGGCCUUCCGUCCAGUGGCUGGAGGAAGGGCUGGGCUCUACAGACCUUCCUGUCACCUUAUAGGACAUGAACAAAUCAAAUAGUUGGAAGGGAACUUAGACUGUUUAGACUGAGGUUUUUUUGUUUUGUUUUUGGAAUAUGUUGUAGAGCCUAAGUUCUGUGAAUCCCACACCUCCCCAAGGCCUGAAGGAGGGUUUGGGGCUUUUGAAGCCAAUCCCAUCCAUCAUCCUACAUGAUUUGGGAACUGCUGGACUUGACUGAAUUUUGACCUCUCUUCCUUCCCAGGCCCCUACUGUUGGGAACGAUCCUGAAGUUUUUCAUUAUAAUGUUGAUAAAUGACUAUAAAUGGUUUGAAUGGCUCUUCAUUGAGACAAUGAAGAGCCAUCGCUCUUCAUUGAGACAGUGCCUGGUGAGCCGCACGUCACGAGUUCAGUUUGGAUACGAAGCUCAGAAAAUUAAAGACGACUUCUGCUGCCUUUAAACAUGUGUUAAUGUGAAAAGUACUGAAUGAGAGGUUAGCAUGAGGCGUAGGUGUGUACUCUCAUGCAAUGAUCUAAGGCCCUGUCCAUACCUUUACGGAUAUUUUUUUCCACUUUGCUUUUCAAAAAGUGAGUGUGGUUUUUUUUUUUUUCUUUUCUUUUUCUUUCUUUCUAAAAAUGUCUCCACCAAAAAGCUUACAUGACCAUACCAGCCCAGUAGGUGGCAGAAGUGCAUCAAAAAUGUACGUCAAAAGCCUCAAGAAUAAUGUAAAGAUCAUGCAAGAUACUGAAAUGCAGGAAAACACCACAUUGUGUGAAAUAUAUAUAUAUUUUUUAAAUAACAGAAGGGUAAAACCUAUGUAUUCAAACAUAUCCAUAUACAUGUGGACAAGGCGUUAGUUUCUCUCCGCUUCUCUAAGCUUCAGCCGCCCCACACCCGUACGCAUUUUGGACUUUAUUUUCAUGGCCAAUCUAUAGAUCUUGAUUUUUGCCAUGUCACGGGUGUUCAUGGGUGAACAGGAGUGAGGGGCUACGUUUAAAUGUGAUCAGUGAAUUGCAAAUCACAACUACCAGUUCUUUUUAAAGUCUUUAGCAUAACACUUAGUGCAAAAUACUCUGUGUAAUAAUUAAGCGAGCCAGCUAUCUAAAGUUAUCUUUGUAGCUGCAGUUCGCUCACAAGCUAACUAACUUUUUUUUUUUUUUUUUCUUUUUGGCCAGCAGUUAUUUUUAUUUUUUUAUUUUUUUGUUCUUAAAAUUCUAGAUUGCUAUUCUGAUCAAGCGAGUCAGGUUUGAUUAUUAGCCGAUCACAUUCAACAGAAGCCUCCAAACUUGUUGAUUCCUGACAAAGGCUAAAUCAGGACGCGGUAGCAAAGGUACCGAGCCUAUAUUAUUUUUUUAUUCUUAUUUAUAUAUUGCCCCAGAAAUGUGGAUAAGUGCAGCCCCCAGAUUUCACACUCUAGCCAGUAGUUUUAUGGGGCUUUUUUUUUUUUUCUUUUUUUUCUUUCCCUCGUUUUUGCAAUCCGAACUCUGACAGAUUUUUACUUCGAAUGUGACUUUGUCAUGAAUUAACUAAUGUUAUUGUCCUCAUCACCUUUACUUCAUUCCCUUUUUAAAGAACUGUCCAUGAAUUGUGUGUGGGGGAGGGAGGGAGUGAGUGAGAGAGAAAGAGAGGUAUUGAGAGAACUAGUUAAAGUAAUAGUAUUUGGACUGUUUUGUAGACAACACUGUAUUACUAUUUAUUUGAUGCGCUCCUUGGACUGUUAAAAGGGACCCAGGGCGCGUUCUUUUUCUAGCUGUACUAGUUCAGUGGUUUUUUUGUUUUAUUAUUAUUAUUUUUUUAAAACUUUUUUUCCCUUCUUCCUUUAAUGCUGUAGUUGGUGCCAGUCUUGUAAUUCAUUCUUUCUUUCUUUUUUUAUUUUUAUUUCUUUAUGUUAUUAUUUAAUAGUAAUUUGAUGAUGGUUGUACAUUUAUGGUCUCAACAGAAGUAUGAAGAGAAACAGUGCAAUAGUCACGUGAAAAGGAACGCAUACCAAUAUUUCCUCUCAUCUUUUGCCGUAUAGAGUUGCGUUCGGAUGCCAGGGAUUUCUACAGCAGUGUAGCCAUGUCGGUUAAGACGGAUGCAGUCGAGUUAUAACGAUUUUAAACACGUGAUCAGAGCUCAGCGUUCGUUUCUCUCAGCGCAGAUUGAAAAAUCUCAUUGCUGCGUCGUUACUGCUGGUAACUUACCAAAGAGUAAAAGAGAGAACGUCCUUACCACAGUGUUUAUAUCGUUCAAAACUCUGCAUUCAGUAGACAUCCAUCGCGGUAUGAUGUGGAUAAACCUAUAAAAAAAAAAAAAAAAAAAAACACUGCCAUCAUGUUUAUGAGAGGCGUUCACAAGCAAAAUCUGUAGUGUGCAUGUGGGGGAAAAUUAAAAAAAAACUUCUCCCAGAAAUGUUGUUCUUAUCUUCUGACGAUUAAACCAAAACUUGAUUUUC